CGCCGAUCCGGAUGCCCGAGGCAGAAGGAUGUUUGACCUCCGGAUAAGCGAGGCGCCGCUGUGCAUUCAUUCCCGGCUGCAUUGGUGGCGACAGCCGCGGCCCGGGCGGCGACUCUCCGGCCAGAGGCGGCGGUAGGACGCACCGGCAGUAGUGCGGGGACCGAGUCCGAGCUGCGUUAUCUCCCUCGCUCGUUCCUUCCCCCCUACCUCGCUCGCUCCCUCCCUGCGUGCCUCGCUUUCCUCCUCCGGCCGCCGGCGGGUGCGAUGUGCCGCCGCCGCUGCCCCAGCCGCCGCUGACUGACGGACCGGGGGGCGCCGCCCGCGCCCGGGACCGACCCGCCACUUGCGGCCGCGCCUUUGAGGUCACUAUCAAUAUUAGCUCACAUCAUUGAAAAGAUAAUUUUGAAGACAUGUUUUGCUGAAAAGAAAACUGAGAAAAAUUUUACGAAUGGGAUGAACACGCACCAGUUAAUUGACUACCUACUGCAAUUUGAAUGUUAACAUUACCCACCUGGUACAGUUACUUAGUGAUGUACCUAUUCUCACGAUACCCUAUUUCAGUGUGCUCGUCUUGAUUAAAGAAUUCAAAGUGGAGUACCGCAAACUUGAUAUGGAUAAUAAAAAGAAAGACAAGGACAAAUCAGAUGAUAGAAUGGCACGACCCAGUGGUCGGUCAGGACACAACACUCGAGGAACUGGUUCUUCAUCCUCUGGAGUUUUAAUGGUUGGACCUAACUUUAGAGUCGGAAAAAAAAUUGGAUGUGGGAAUUUUGGAGAAUUACGAUUAGGGAAAAAUUUAUACACAAAUGAAUAUGUGGCAAUUAAACUGGAGCCCAUGAAAUCCAGAGCACCACAGCUACAUUUGGAAUACAGAUUCUACAAGCAGUUAGGAUCUGGAGAUGGUAUACCUCAAGUUUACUAUUUUGGCCCUUGUGGGAAAUACAACGCUAUGGUGCUGGAACUGCUGGGACCUAGUUUGGAAGAUUUGUUUGAUUUGUGUGACAGAACAUUUUCUCUUAAAACGGUUCUCAUGAUAGCUAUCCAACUGAUUUCUCGCAUGGAGUAUGUCCAUUCAAAGAACUUGAUAUACAGAGAUGUAAAGCCUGAGAACUUCUUAAUAGGACGACCAGGAAACAAAACCCAGCAAGUUAUUCAUAUUAUAGAUUUUGGUUUGGCAAAGGAAUAUAUUGAUCCAGAGACAAAGAAACACAUACCAUACAGAGAACAUAAGAGCCUUACAGGAACAGCUAGAUACAUGAGCAUAAACACACAUUUAGGAAAAGAACAAAGUCGAAGAGAUGACUUAGAAGCUUUAGGUCAUAUGUUCAUGUAUUUUCUGAGAGGCAGUCUUCCUUGGCAAGGUUUAAAGGCUGACACAUUAAAAGAGAGGUAUCAGAAAAUUGGAGAUACAAAACGAGCCACACCAAUAGAAGUGUUAUGUGAAAAUUUUCCAGAAGAAAUGGCAACAUAUCUUCGUUAUGUAAGAAGGCUAGAUUUUUUUGAAAAACCAGACUAUGACUACCUAAGAAAACUUUUUACUGACUUGUUUGAUCGAAAAGGGUAUAUGUUUGAUUAUGAAUAUGACUGGAUUGGUAAGCAGUUGCCUACUCCAGUGGGUGCAGUUCAGCAAGAUCCUGCUCUGUCAUCAAACAGAGAAGCACAUCAACACAGAGAUAAGAUACAACAAUCCAAAAAUCAGUCGGCAGACCACAGGGCAGCUUGGGACUCCCAGCAGGCAAAUCCCCAUCAUUUGAGAGCUCACCUUGCAGCAGACAGACAUGGUGGCUCGGUACAGGUUGUAAGUUCUACAAAUGGAGAAUUAAACACAGAUGACCCUACUGCAGGACGUUCAAAUGCACCUAUCACAGCCCCUACGGAAGUAGAAGUGAUGGAUGAAACCAACUGCCAGAAAGUGUUGAACAUGUGGUGCUGCUGUUUUUUCAAACGAAGGAAAAGGAAAACCAUACAGCGCCACAAAUGACUCUGGACACAGACAGAUCAUGGGGAGUUACUUACGUGUUCAUCUGCUGUCUUGUGAUUAAAAUCAUCUCUAUAGUGACCACAUAUAUUUUCAAGGACUCACUGUUAGAAACAAAAAUGUCAUACUUUCAUACUUCAUUUUGUGGUUGUCUUACAUUCGUAUUUUUUUCUAAUUUAACUUUUAUGGAAGCUUUAAAGUUUUGUCAAAACAUGAGUGCUUUGCCCAUCAUUGAAUGGAAUGGACCAAUGAGGUGGUAUUGAUGAAUUACAGUUCUGUAGAACAUUUUUCAGAAGCUCUCCUCCUGUUGUAGAAAGCAGUACAGUAUCUUAAAUGUCAACCAGUUAUAUACCUAAUCUGGUUUUUAUAACUUCUGUAAGAGAAUAAUCAAAGAGGAAUUUUCUCCCCAGUGGAUAAUGCAACAGAGAAAACAGAGUUGCCCAAAUAUUUAAAAGAAGUUAUCCCUUGAGAAGAUCAUUAUCUGUGUGACAUCUGCAUUGAUUUCACUGUUACUGACGGUACUGCUAUUCAUGAGUCAUAUUAACAUUCUCUCUGUGAAAUCAUGGUACAGUUACUGCCCAGAGGUACUGAGGAAAAAGCUCUAUGGGUUUGGUAGAUGGUAGUGGUAAAAUGAAUCACAAGUAGUGUGGUAAAUAUGAGCUCUGCUUUUGUUGCACCACUAUGUGAAGUACAGUGUUGCCGAAGUGGCAAAAGCGCUUAUUUUUUAAAAAUGCAAAAUAUCUGUAUAAUGUAACUUUAUGCUUCCAGUUAAUAAUGUAUGUUAGACAGCAAGAAAUGAAUACUUUGAGAAGUGAGAUAUGUUGGAGUUUUUUGAAAAGUACACUAAGGAGAAGGAAUAAAUGUGAAUCUCACCGCAUCAUAUGAGGCUGAAGUCUAAGGAGAUCCCACUGAAACCUGCUGCUGAACGAUUACCUUCUCCUUAAGCAGAAAACUUUGGAUGUGCCACACAAUGGUGUCUGUUUAUUAAUUAUUUGCCCUUUGAUUUAAAAAAAAAGACCCUCAGCAAUAAAAGCGGGGUCACUCUAUUGCCCUCUGC